AUGCUAGAUUUAACGUCUUAUCAUCACCUCUUCACCUUGUUUCUCUUUGGUAUUUUCUCCACCAAUCAUGCCUGCAACCAAAUAGACCGCAACUCUCUUUCGUCCUUAGCCUUCAACCAUAUGUCUUCUCCUCCACUAAAUUGGUCUUCCAUUGAUUGUUGUCAGUGGGAAGGCAUUUCUUGUGCUUACAAACAUCGAGUCACCCAUAUUUGGUUACCUUCUAAAGGCCUCAGUGGAAGUAUAUCUCUUUAUCUCGGAAACCUCACAUGUCUCUCCCACCUUAAUCUCUCCCACAAUUCACUUUUGGGUCCCCUCCCUGAGGGAUUGUUUUCGUCCUUGAAUCAACUCAAGGUUCUUGAUUUGAGCUACAACAAUUUAUUUGGAGAUAUAUCUGGCUGGCCUGCCUCAAUUCGAAUUGUUGACAUAUCUAGCAAUCACUUCAGCGAGACAAUCCAAUAUUCAUCCCUUCAGAGAGCAUGGAGGUUGAUCGAGCUCAAUGUCAGCAACAAUAGUUUCAUGGGCCCUAUUCCUUCAUUGCCUUGCGUCAAUUCAACCAUUGUUAAGCUCCUCGAUUUCUCCCAUAAUCAUCAUAGCGGACAAAUUCCUAGCGGAUUAGGGGCAUGUUCCAAACUAAAGGUUUUUCGGGCUGGUUUUAACUACCUCUCAGGUCCGCUUCCUGGUGAUAUAUACAAUGCAACAAGAUUAGAAGAAAUAUCCAUACCUUCCAAUGAUCUUUCAGGACCCAUUAGUGGCAACAUUGUGAACCUUGCCAAACUCGCCUACCUUGAGUUAUAUGGUAAUAAAUUUAGUGGUAAGCUCCCCGUAAAUAUUGGAAAGCUCUCCAAAUUAAAGUACCGAAUCCUUCAUACAAACUCCUUCACAGGUUCUUUGCCCCCAUCUUUGAUGAACUGCACAAAUCUCACAAAAUUGGUUUUACGGUUCAAUUUUCUUGAAGGAGACAUCUCUACCUUCAAUUUUUCCAGUCUUCAUCAACUUACUGUAUUUGACUUGGGGUUCAAUAAUUUCUCUGGUAACUUGCCAGUAAGCCUCUACUCAUGCAAGUCUCUCAUCGGAAUUCGACUAGCUCGAAACAACCUAGAAGGACAAAUCCUACCUGAGGUGCUUCAAUUGAAAUUCUUAUCCUUCCUUUCACUUUCUUACAAUAGGUUAACAAAUAUCACACACGCAAUCAAGAUUCUGAUGCGUUGCAAGGCACUCACCAUAGUCCUCCUUGGAAGAAAUUUUCUACAUGAGGCAAUGCCAAGUGAUGACACUAUACUUGGUUUUGAUGGAUUUAAAAAUCUUCAAGUUUUGAGUCUUAGUGAAUCCCAAUUGACCGGUCAAUUGCCUAUAUGGCUAUCUAAGCUUAAGAAUGUAGAAGUCCUGAAUCUAUAUUCCAAUCGUUUCACAGGUUCAAUUCCUGAUUGGUUGUCGACUCUUCCAAGGCUCUUCCAAUUAGACUUAUCUGAUAACCUCAUUUCAGGUGAAUUCCCAAAGAAACUUUGUGCCUUGCCGGCCUUAGUGUCACCAAAGGCUUUAGUAAACAACAGUUAUUUGGAUUUACCAAUUUUUGUCACAUUGCCAAGUGCUAGCCAGUACAAUUUUGUCUCAAACCUGCGACCAGCAAUAUUUCUUGGAUACAACAGUCUUAGCGGCAACAUCCCCGUUGAGAUUGGCCGUUUGAAGCUGCUUCAUUAUCUGAAUCUCACUCAUAAUAACUUCUCAGGAAAUAUUCCAGAGCAAUUGUCUCAACUCACAAAUCUAGAAGGAUUGGACCUCUCUGCAAAUCGGUUGUUCGGUGAAAUUCCAGCAUCAUUAAGUAGUUUGAAUUUCUUGUCUCGUUUUAGUGUUGCAAACAACAAUUUGCAUGGACCAAUACCAUCAGGCACUCAGCUACAGAGCUUUAAUGCCUCUGCCUAUGAGGACAAUCUUGGACUUUGUGGCCCCCCGCUUCCACAUGAGUGUGCUCAUAUUUUUGGCAGCAACGGAGAUAUUGGGGAUGAGGACAAUGGGCCUAGAAUUCCGUGGUUUCAAGUUAUUGUGGUUCUUGGAUUCAUUACAGGUUUUUGGGGAAUUUGUGGUCCAUUACUUUAUAGCUAUAAGUGGAGAGUUGCUUAUUUUCAAUUUUUGAACAACAUAAAAAAUAGGUGUAUAAUCUUAUUCUUUAAAAUUACAUAUUGGUCGGUUUAG